UACCUUUCUGUCAAGCCCAUUUUAAUUACCAACUUUGUUGGUCUCAAAAGCUCGACAGACAGAAGAUUGUCGAUCGUCGAUCGCCGAUCGCCGGACUGUAGAAACAAUGUCGGAGAAGAAGAAAGACACCACCGGAGCCAGCAGCUUCGAGAGGGAGGGCGAUCUCAUUGACUUCGCAAUUAGAAUCUGGAACAAAACGGUGUCGGAGCCUUACUAUUUGUUCCACUUGUUACUCUUCUUCUCUUACAUUCCCAUUCGCUGCUCCGCCUCCCGUGUCCUCUCCUCUUCACGCGCCGCUACUCUUUUUACUCGCGAAAUUCAAGGAGUGGUCACAUUUUUUCUUCUGGCUGUGGUGAAGUUGGUAAGGGAUGAAACAUGGGAAGCGUUCAUUUCCAACGCUCUAUUCUUUGCCAAGAUUUACCUUGCUGGCAUCGCUCUUGUUAUGGAUUAUCACUUAGCUCUCUGGUACUCUUUGGGGUUUUUAGUUAUUUAUAUCUCAGCGCAACAGCCUCCUUAUGAAGAAUUUGGAGAUUCAACUCAGUUAACUCCCCUACAAUUAGAGACGUUACUCACUGAAGGAAACACGUCCAGAUUCUGGCUGGUUGAAUUUCGUGCUUUGUCCGUGUCCUCUUGCAUAAGAACUAGUUCAUUCUUCCCGGAACUUUCGAUUACAUAUUCAAACAAAAACUUGUCUUUUGGAAUAGUUGAUCUUGGUCUCUUCCCAAAUGUUGCUGAGAAGUUUGGAAUUUCUCUUGGUAGCCUCAGCCAGCUUCCAGCUUAUAUAAUGUUUGACAAUGGGACAGACGUCUCUUGGCUCGCAGAGGUGGAUUCAGGAGUAAAUAUUUUCCGUCCUUCCCUGACGAAGAAAUAUAUGUGCCGGCAUUUUGAGCUUGAUAAGCUUCUUCUUGAUUAUGUGCAUGGAAAAUAGGUAAUGACUUACCUUGAAUUAGUAGAUUCAUGCUCUUAGUUUUAAGUUAGUCUCUUGGAUUUUUGUUCUGAAUUAAUUAUAUAGAUACACAGUACCUUUACAGGACAAAGUUUCUUCUUGAAGUUCUUCACAACCACGAGUUCUGCUAUUCAGAAUCAUAUUGAAAUAUCUAUAGAUUUGCAACCUGCCACCUCACUUUAUUGGGUAAAAAGAUUGGAAUACUUUGUCAUAUGAAUAACUUGUUUCUCCAGAGUUUCUAAGUAUUUAUUUGACGUGGAUGUUUGUCAUCAAUGCACAGUAAGGUUCGAAAUGAUAUAUUGUUCAGCCUGUGUGGCCACUGUAAUAUGUUAUCUGUUAGAUAUCCUCUUAGAAUCACAUUUACUUUAUCAGCCUUUGUGCUUGUUUUUUCAUUCAAAUUAAAUCAUGUUUAUUACAGCACAUAGCAUUUUAUGCCUCAUUGUACCUAAUGGAAGAAAAUCCUGUGCAAGUGGUACCUUAAAAUGGUUCAAAUUUACGAUUCCAUUCUUUUGUUGGGAAAUUGUUAUGAGCGAUUUCAGUGCAAUGCCAUUUCAAUUUCAAACCUCAUGUGUCUGGACUGCAGAUCAUGAUCCUUGACGUUGCACUUACUCAAUUUUGUUUUGCAGAUUACAUCAGAGAUAGGCAAUGAACAGCACCCGCAUCAGCAUGUUGAAGGUUUUGCUUGCAAAACAUCUCUGGUGAAGUAACUGACAGUUUUUUAAGUUUUUCCAAGUCCAUUGUCAAUAGAAAGUCAGUAGCAAAUGAUAGAGCUUGGAUUGAUUGUCUCACACGUCAAAUGAAUCACAUUAUGUCAUUAUGAUACAAUUAGUACACCCUUGAAAAGAGGGUGUAUGGAUAGAUGUUAAAACAAAACAGAGUCUUUUUUGAUUUUGUAAAUUGAACUUUGCACAUGUGAAGGAAUUUUUGUUGUACGAUGGCACGAGAAUCCUGGUUAGAUUAAGUACAGAUGAAGAAAGAAAAGAUUAUUAGUUUUGUUUGGUUUUGUUUUAUGAUAAAGUCAUUCUCCAA